CGGCGCUCUCCCGGAGGCGCGCCCCAGCCGCCGCGGCCGCCGCCAACAUGGCCGAGACGAGCGAGGAGGUGGCGGUGCUGGUGCAGCGGGUGGUGAAGGACAUCACCAACGCCUUCAGGAGGAAUCCGCACAUAGAUGAAAUUGGUCUGAUCCCGUGUCCUGAAGCCAGGUAUAACCGGAGUCCCAUCGUCCUGGUUGAAAACAAACUUGGUGUGGAGAGCUGGUGUGUCAAGUUCCUCCUCCCAUAUGUCCAUAACAAGCUCCUUAUGUACAGAACGAGGAAGCAGUGGCUGAACAAAGAUGAAUUGAUAGAUGUCACAUGCACCCUGCUGCUUCUAAACCCAGACUUCACCACCGCGUGGAAUGUAAGAAAAGAGCUGAUCCUCUCUGGCACUUUAAAUCCAAUUAAAGACUUACAUCUGGGAAAACUGGCCUUAACUAAAUUUCCAAAGAGUCCAGAAACAUGGAUUCACAGGCGAUGGGUGCUACAACAGCUAAUUCAGGAAACCUCCUUGCCUUCCUUUGUGACAAAAGGAACCUUGGGAACAAUUCCUGCAGAAAGGACACAGAGACUGAUACGGGAAGAGAUGGAGGUCUGUGGAGAAGCGGCUGGGAGAUACCCGAGCAACUAUAACGCCUGGUCCCAUCGCAUCUGGGUCCUGCAGCACCUGGCCAAGCUAGACGUCAAGAUUCUUCUUGAUGAACUGUCUUCUACUAAACACUGGGCAUCCAUGCACGUUUCAGACCACAGUGGAUUUCACUACCGCCAGUUUUUGUUAAAGUCUUUGAUUAGCCAAACUGUGAGAGAUGGUUCUGUAUUGGAGCAAAACACUUUGAGAAGUGAGCCAGCUCUAGUUCUUGCAAAAGAUGAAGAAGCAGCAGCUUCAACAGAGGAAGCAAGGAUAAAUCUUCCCCAUCUUCUAGAAGAAGAAGUUGAAUUCAGCACUGAUCUGAUUGAUUCCUAUCCAGGACAUGAAACCCUUUGGUGUCACAGGCGGCAUAUUUUCUACCUUCAGCAUCACUUACAUGGUAGGUUUCCUCACAGUGUGACCCUGUUGUCACCUGCAGACAGCCCCGGGGGGACUUCGAGUGACUUGCACCUCAUCCCAGGAGGCCCCCACAUGUCUCAGGCCAUGGAGGUGGAUGGGCUGAAUGACUCCAGCAAGCAAGGCUAUUCCCAGGAAACCAAACGCCUGAAGCGGACCCCAGCUCCAGACUCGCGGGGCCUGGAAAUGGAGCACAGGUUCAUCGAUCAAGUACUGUCCACCUGCCGGGACGCAGAGCAGGCCAGGUUUGCCAGUGCCUACCGGAAAUGGCUGGUUACCCUGAGUCAGUGAAGGAGGUGGGUUAGUCCCGCAAGGUCCCCCUCAGUGCAAUAUUGCUUUCCCUUCUCACACAGUCGCAUGAAUUGUUUGCUGUUAUGUGUUCUUCAUCUUUAGGUUAAAAGUCCAUGGUAAAUCUUUCAUUUUAUUUAUUUUGUUAAGAACUGGCAUUCCUUUGGGGAUAAAAUAACUGUAGUUUCUUCUGCUAAACAUUGAGUCUUAAUUUUUUUCUUCUCAUCCUUUAUAUUUCUGUACAUGAAGCUUCCCAUUUGGUUCUCCCCGUUGGUUCACAGACACAUGUACCCGCCUCAGUGCAGUUGCUGUAUAGGCUAGUUUCUUUUCCAGUUAAAAAUUUAAGUUGUAGUUCAGCCUUAGAAUAACACAAGCUCAGAAUAACUCCAUCUAAUUAUUGUUUUGAGAAUCAUAUGGCCAGAUAGAAGGGAUUUGAGAAAAUAUCAUUUCUCUUUCUCGACUCAAGUUAUUGACCAAUGUAACCAAAGUCAGAAGUAUCGGAAUUUAUAUAAAAAAACAUGCUUCCAUUGUGUAAUCCAUUUUCAAAUGGUUAUUUUAAAAGAAAAACUAAUUUUAAGACUUUAUGUAAUUGCAGUACUGGGAAAUUAUUUUUAUUACUAGUUUUGAUAGAUUCUUUUUACCUCAAAUUUGAUAUGGGCCAAAAACACUCACGUUAGCCCUUAUAAAAACCAUUAUUUUUUAAAACCUGGAAUGCCAUUUUUAGUUACUGCGAUUUAUCUUCCUUUUAAAUUCACCAUGAAAAGUGAAAUAUGCAUGGAAAUGUAUCCAUUAAAAAUCUUCAUUUUUAAAAAUUUAAGUUCUUGAAGGUACACUUAAGCCACAAAAUUUUUAUGAAGUGGUUAUUAAAAAUUUGCUGGCAAAAGCCAGGGGGAAAGAAUAGAUUUUGAAGGUUGGGUCUUCAAUCUUUAUUUAAAAAAAAAUAAAACAACUUAAAGACUUUGAUACUAAACUUAUCAGGGAUGAGGCACCAAAGUAGGCACCGUACAGCUGUAUCUUAUCUUAGUAAUAAGGGCUGGGUUCUUCAGGUCUGUGAGGCCAGGUGGGAAAAGGGCCAGCUAAUGUUUACUUUCUUAAUACGUUUUCUCCCCUUGUAAAUAGUCUGUGUUUGUUAUUUCCUUUUCACCUAUCUUUUCUUCAUUUUCCCAGUCCAUUCCAUAUUUUUUGACCCUUUCACUCUCCUAUGUUUUUCCUUAAUUGUCUAAUUUUAAGGAUAUGUUCUGAAGAUACUCUCCGUCCUUUUCCCAAUGAAUUUCAUAACCCGUUAAACACAAACACACAUAAUAUUCGUACGAACUGCCCUUCUCAAAGUUCCCCUAGUGAUGGAAACUGCCUGUCGUCCGGUACGUGUGAGCAGGAUGCCAUAGUGGCAGAAGUAAGUGACCUCCAUGCUUUGCUUGUUCUCGUUUUCACAUGCUAGGUCACCUGUGGGGUGAGGGGACAGGCAUAAAGGCAGGCUUCUCCUAGCUUGUAUUAUGGAAACCUUGGGCUUGAGUGAGGCACAUGGCCUUAAGCUUAGGGAAGGAAUAAGUUCUUUCUUCCUGCAUCAUGGUUUUGUUGCGGAGCAACCUGUCAGGUGAGACUUUAGAACACCAGAAAAACUGUCCAGCCCGGCCCUUGCAGACAGAAGCUGCUUUUCUCUUUUGGGACAAAAUUAACCUUUUAUAGUUUUCAUAGUAUUUUAGAAAUGUAAGAAAAUAAUUGCCAUUAUGAACAUAAUUCCAUGGCCCUUUGUGUACAAAGCGUAUUUUGAAUCAAAUACCUCAAGGUCUACCUAGACCUCUGUGGAUAAAACCAUUAGCUUGUGAUUUUCUGCACCUACAGGGGAUGGUGGGGCGACUGCAUGGAGAGGAAAUGAGAGACUCAGCCCCAUUCCACUGGAUUCAUGUUGCCAGAUCCUGGCCUCGCUCAGUAUUCCCUUUCUUCCAAGCAUCAUUUUAAGUAUCCCAAGUAAUAGGGCUUCUUCUGUUUGAUGUGAGAGUGUCAGGACAGGAGUAUUGUCAAUCCCCUGUGAACAGCAGCUCCAUUUGACAGUGCUCCACGCCUUUUUCUACCCUCCACAGAGCAUCCUACCCACCUUUGAUGUUAUCUGCCUUCGUGUGUUUUAAGGCCUUUAAUCCACCCCUUUAUGAAGCCAUGCAGUCCUUUAAGAUACCUUUGUCUCGUCUUCCUAACAAAGUUUUGAGUAGGGAGUAAAAACACAAAUAUCCAAAGGAUACUUACCGUUUGUGACUUUUGUGUGUACUUUAUUUCUAAUGUCUGUACUUUUCAAGUGUUCAUUCACAGAAAAACCUAGUAUUGCCCUAUAUGGCUGUGUUUUUUCCUAAGUGGUUGACAUCUAAACUCAUUAGCUGUAGCGUGGUAGUGAGUUCAUGCAGUGGAAAGGAUGUGUCUGUUUUCAGGGACUUGUUAGUCUUUCCUUUUUUUUUUUUUU